AUGGAAGGCAGGCGGCGGUCGCUGCGGCUCAGAUACUCUGGUCGACCAUCGUGCCGAGGUCGCAAUUCCACCUCAAGAAGAAGCACGGAUUCAGGCACCAACUGGAUCCAUGGUGACAGAUCUCAGAGUGGGGAGAGGAUGUCUACUGUGACUCCUGGAGCGGGGAGGAUACCUUGCAGGUUUUUCCAACGAGGAGCCUGUGCUUAUGGUGAACAGUGUCGGUUCCUACACAAUGCUGCCCCUGAGAGCAGAGUGUCUUUUACGAGGAAAGAAAGUACAGCCGUAAGAGAAAACAGUAACAUUAGUACAGAUACCCCUACUACCUCCUCUGCACUGGCUGGAUCACUACAUGAUGCCCCUCGUCGACAAGAUGGAAGGAAAAUUUCAUCACUGAAGAAACAAGAAACAAGUGCAGACAGUGGAAUUGGUGAUGAAGCUACUGAAAGUUGGGUCAAUGCUCCUGAAUUUAUCCCGUCUGCAUGCGGAACGGUUCCGGCUUCUGCCUGUACAAAUACAAAUGGAAAUGCAAACACAAAUGGAAAUGGAAACGCAUCUGCAAACACAAACACAAAUGCAAAUGUGAAUUCAUCUUCAAAAUCUCAUAAGUCAUAUGCUGAGGCAGUCAAUCCAGGAGGAAAUUAUACCAGCACUUUACAGGGAGAAGGAAAUGACAAAAAGUUUUGCCCGUACAUGGAACUCAAUGGCCAUUGUGAAUACGAUGCAGAAUGCCCCUACAUUCAUGGUGAUGUGUGUGAAUUUUGCGGGAAAGCAUGCCUACAUCCCACAGAUGAAGAACAAAGAAAACAACACCAUAAUGAGUGUAUAAAACAACAUGAAUUGGAUAUGGAGUUGUCAUUUGCGGUUGCUCGAUCAAAAGACAAAGUUUGUGGAGUAUGUAUGGAAGUUAUUAUGGAGAAAAGUCCUGGUGAGCAACGAUUUGGUAUCCUUCCAAAUUGUAAUCACUGUUUCUGCUUAACUUGUAUCAGGAAGUGGCGGCAAGCAAAACAGUUUGAAAAUAAAAUCAUCAGAGCUUGUCCAGAAUGUAGAGUAACAUCUGACUUUGUUUGCCCGAGUGUCUACUGGGUUGAUACAAAAGAAGAUAAAGAUAAACUUAUCCAAGAAUACAAGGGUGCUAUGAGCGUCAAGAACUGCAAAUAUUUCAAAUCUGGGAGGGGGAAGUGUCCAUUUGGAAACAAGUGCUUCUACCUUCAUGCAUACCCAGAUGGUACCAAAGCAGAUGUAGGGCCACCGCCACGACAAAGACGGCAGAAUGCUGAUGGGGAAUUAGAAGUUCUUCAGCAAAUCAUAUUGUGGGACUACCUGGAAGAGCGUGAUAACAGAUUGAUGAUGAUUGAUGACUUGGAAGAUUUUGUGGCAUUCUUUUCAGACUCUGACGAAUCUGAUUGGUCUGAAUAUGAUUUGUUUUUUGAUUAGUUUAUUUUUGUACAUACAUGCUUGUAUUUCAGAGCAUGACCCAAGUAAAAUGAGAACCCAACACUUGAGUUCCACAGCCUUUACAUUAAAUAAUGGUGCAUAGCUUUUUACAAGUUAGUCAUUGUCACAGGUCAUGAAUUGCUCUAAAUUUAAAAACAGAUACGUAAAGAAUGCACUUCUUUGUGCCAGUUUUCUUUAGAAUUGUAGUUUUCUACAUUCAGCGGUUUCAGUUGCUUUCCCGAAAGAGAUAGUUUCUGUCCUUGUUUGUUUGAAACAAACCUAUUAUGUACAUUGCUUAGUUUUUCUACAAAGUUACCUUGCAUAAUUCAAUAAUUUAUCGCGUCUGUUGGAAAUUGUGUAUAUGUGUCCUGUAUUAUUGUAUUUUGUAAAAUAGCAAAAAUCUGUGGCACGUUGUGCAGAACUUUUAAUUUUGGUAUAAUUGAGUAGCUGCUAGAUUCAAACAUACUGUGAAUUAAAAAUUUUACUCUGAUAUAUGCAUGCCAUUGUUGUAUGAUCUAAAUUUGUUAGGUCAGUUUGCAUGAUUUAUUUUACAUAUUCAAAUUUUAUCAGUGGUGUUAAGUUAUUAUUGACCUCAAGAGCAUCCCUUUCGCAUUCAGUUUUAUGUAGUAAUAUAAUUUUUAAUGUAAAUUUGGCAUGCAGAGUCAACAGGGUGUUAUUUUAUCAGCAAAUAUAGAGAAAAUGAGGUGAGAGCAUGAGUUGGAAAUGCUUAGUAUUGAGGAUUGUAUGCAUGUAGAAUAAAAAUUUGCCAGGUGCUGUUGGUCCAAGAGAAUAUCAUUUAGAUUUGUCAGAUGUCAUAAUGUAAAAUUGUGAAUAUAUGGUUUACCUAUGUUUGGAGGUGAUCCCUUGAAUUACGCAAGCAAUGAUAAAAAAUAUUGUAAAUAUUAUUUUGACCUAUUAAAAUCUGAUUGUUCCUUUUAAUUUGAAUUGUAUAAAGAAAUCUCUUUGAUUUACAUGUCUUGGUUUGUAAAUUCAGCUGGAGAAAUUAAUUAAUAAUUAUUUUAUUGACUUUGUACUAUUCUAGCUGGUAUUAUUAAUUUGGCUUAAUCCCAUGUGUAUGAGCUGCAAAUUAGAAUGUUGUAUUGGCAGGGGAAAUCCUUGGAAAUGCUGUCAAUGCUAAUGAAAUUGAAGUUAUGAUAAAACCUGUAUCCAUAGCCGUGAAUAAAAUUAAAUUAUUUUGUAUAUUUUAUUGUAUAUUAUUUUGCGAUGUAUGUUGAAAACUAAGGUAGUAAUGCCAUAAAUGUCUGCAUUUAUAUGCAGUUAAAUUUGUGUUCAGUAUCUAUUAUGCUUUGUAAUUUAACUGAGGAUCACAGAAGGUGAGGAAAUAAAAAUUGUUUUUCACAUUUUUGAUAAAAAAUUUGGUGGCGGGAAACCCAAACCUUUUGUUCCGUAUUAAUGAAAUUUUGUUCUAAUUGAGUUUCUUGAAUCUGUGAGUGUGAUUGCUCUUGGAUUGACUUUUGAGAAUAACUAUUUCUCAAUGCUUCUGUGCAAGUUAGGUAAUGGAGGAGUGAUUAUGUCCCUCAGUGGCUGUUGAGACGUUUGGCAGUUUCUCUUUAAAAGUAUUGAAUAGAAUUUCCAGUCAGUUGUUGAAUAUGGCUAUCUCGCCCUAAAUUAGGAGCAUGUAAAGGCAUUCUAGGUAUUAUGAGAGGUUUGUCUUGCAAGGAUGUGGGUUUCCAAUGUAGCCUCAUAGUACACUAGAUGGCUAAAGACGAGUAAUUUGGAAAAUUUGAUUCCCAUUAGUGACAUAGUUGCAGUGGGUUUUAUGACAUAGUAGAUCCAUUGUGCUAAAGAGCUUUGAAAAAUUCAUUGCUUUCAAAGAGAGGAGAUACAUCAUAAUUGUUAUUGUCGAUGUGCAAUGUACUGCACAGGUAAAAAAUCUCUCAUGAUAUAAACUGUUGGUACUAGGAAUCUAUAAGGAAGUGUUUAUGCUUCUCAGAAAAUGGCUUAAAGGAGAGCGUUGAGGCAAGUAUGACUGAUAUUUAAUCUUAUUGAGGCAAUUAAGUACAUGACAAAGAAAUUUAAUAUGAUAUUUCAUUUUUAAUGUGAAAGUCAGAAAUGCCUUUUAUAUUAUUUAUAUUUGUGUUCUGUAUUUCAAAAUUACAAUUUUACAUUGCAGGCAAGUGAAUGUUCUGUUUGGGUCCUCAAAGCCCUGUUGACUAUAUUGAUGCAAAUUGUGUAUGUACCAUCAGUUUUGGAAAAUCAGCAGAAAAUUGCAAGACUUGCGAAGGAAAAAUAUAUGCAUGUUGUAUUAAGAUAUUGUCAUACACUGCCAUAGGGCUCUGGCCACUUAAAAGUGAAUAAAUGUACUUAUUUAAUAACUGCAUUUCUAUUUAUAUUAUAGUUUUAAUUAUUUGUUAGUACAUCAUAUGGUGCAAUUGUAUGAAUGAGAGUUGCAAUGAAAGUUUCUUAGAAGAAAUAUAUUUUAUAGUAUUACAGAUUUUUCUAUUUUAAUUAUUUUGUUUAUUCCUCUAUUAUGUUGUAAAUGAAAAUACAGCUCUCUGCCUUAAGAAUCUCAUAAGAGCUGUAUUAGUUUUUGUCUUGAACUACAUUCAUGGCAAAUUAGUAUUUUAUUGUAGAUUUAAAUUUCAAGAAAAAUUGACAACCACAGUCAUGAAGUAUGUCGAACAUGUCCAUAAUUAGAGGCCAGAAAUAAAAAAGGUGAGACAUACUCUAAUUUUUUUAAACAAUGUAAAUUUUUAUAUAAAAGUAUUAUAUCAUGCUCAGAAGUGGAGAAAAAAUUAUUAAUGCUUUCUGAAGAGAGAAAGAAGCAAAAUUAAGAGAGACUUAUUUUAUCCUGGCCUAAUUACUCCUGUGUGAACAUUGAUGAUACAUACAUAUUUCCAUUACAGUUCCUGGAUAUGGUAGGUGGAGUGUCUGUGUAGAAUAGAUUCUUAAAUAUAACUUAAUAUUGCCAAAGAAUUUGAUUUCCUUGUAUUGUGGAGUGUUUUAAUCAUGAUCAAAUAUGGUACAUUCCAGGGGUCAUUGAUGUGGUAUGUCUAUUUAUUUUAAUUUGCAUAAAUUGAUCUCCUCCAUUGUUCAUAUAAAGUGCCUCCUUUUUCAUUCAAGAAAUGUGACUCUUCAUGAUUUUAUGAAGGGUGGUUAGUUCAGUUGCAUUGAAGAAAUGGUGAAUGAAUGGUAAAAGAAAUAUUUGUGUAACAAUUCUGUAUUCAGAUAUUUCUGAUCAAUAAAUAAGAUAGGGAUAGUUAGCCUGUUUUACUUAUUGAAAAUAUAUUAAUUACUGUUUUGUUUUGGGAAAAAAAACAACAGAA